GAUUGAACUCAAUUUAAAUCGAAUCAGGAGUUGGAAAGUUCUGGUCUCCACUCUCAAUUUCAAAACCGAACCAACCAACCCCCCCUUUUUAUUUUGGCUGUUCUGCUGAUCGCAAAUCCUCAUCUCAUCCCUAUUCGUCGCAAUCUCCACUGCACCACUUUCCAGAUUUUGUUUUUAGCAGCAUCUUGAAUUUCAAAAUGCCUAAAGUUAGAAGAUUGAAGUCCCUGUCUACUGAUUGUAAUAGACCGUAUCCUUACCCAUCCAACUCCAAAAACAUUGAGCUGCAUAAACCUAUGAAUUUGUUGGAAUCGGCUGAUGAAAUGAAAGAAUGGGAGGAAGCUAGAUGUCCUAUUUGCAUGGAACCCCCUCACAAUGGUGUUCUUUUGAAAUGUUCUUCCUAUGAGAAGGGUUGCCUUCCUUACAUGUGCAAUACCAGUUACCGCCACUCCAACUGCCUUGACCAGUUUUGUAAGUCCUUUGCUUCUCAUCUCUCAUCAGAAGUACUGCAAGAAAUUCCUGUCACAGGCAGAGUCUCACAUAGUAGAGAAAUUCAGUCAGAGUCUUGGCACCCUGCUCAAUGUGGGAGCCAGUUACAACCAAAGCUCAUUUGCCCUCUUUGCCGUGGAGAAAUAUAUGGAUAUAUGGUUUUGGAGCCUGCUCGAAGGUAUAUGAAUUCUAAACUAAGGAGUUGUUCUUCCGAAACAUGUGAAUUCCAGGGGACAUAUCCAGAACUCAGGAAGCAUGCUAGGUCUGAGCAUCCUUCUGUUCGACCAUCAGAGGUGGAUCCCUCGCGACAAUGUGAUUGGUUAAGGAUGGAACAAGAAAGGGGUUUGGGAGAUCUUUUUAGCUCAAUCCAUGCAAGUUCUGGUGCAGAUUACAAUAGAGAUACCAUUUUGACUGGGGGUCUUGCUGACUUGAUGUCCUCAUUCUUGUAUGAAAUAUUUAUCUCUAUUGAAGAUGUUAACCGAAUGGCUAGUUUGUUGACUAAUUCGAGACACAGAGUUCCAUUAUAUGACAGAAGGUCUGGAACAACAACACACAGGGUAUCAAAUGAUACACAGACAAGUCAAUCAGCUAGAUGGAGAUCCAAUUUACCUUCAGUGCAUCAACUGGAGAGAAUUGCCAGAAGUAGAGUGAGAAGCAAUUUUCCGUAUUUAUCAUCCCGUGAUCUUGAGGCAGAGGAAAAUCGUACGGCUAGAUGGAGAACAAAUUUAUCAUCUUUAAGAACGCCUCGCAAUGAGCAUCAGUAUAGAGACCUCAGUGCAGAGGUCACAUCUUCAACAAGGAUGCCUCGGGCCUCACAAGGUACUCAGACUAAUCCCCAGAGCAACAUUUCUUCAUCUGGAAGGUUCCCUGGUCGUCAAUUACGCUGGCGUGAUCAAAGCUGGUCGACAAACAACCACCAAUGAUGAUGAAUGGCAAUGGAUACAAGCUAGUCUGUUUCAUAUAAUUACAGAUGUUUACUUCUGCUUUCCGUUAUGGAAAGAUACUUCAAACUACCGCUUAACUUCGUUUUAUUUCAACGAAAUCGUUUUAUUGGAAUUUAAUGAUUC